UGAUCUUUUCUGCUAAUGCUUUGCUUUUUUAGGUGGAAUUACUUUUUCCUGUAUGAUGGUUCAAAGGUUAAGGAAGAAGGAGAUCCUACGAGUGCUGGGAUUUGUUAUUUUUAUCCUUCCCAGACUCUCCCCGACCAGCAGGAACUGCUGUGUGGACAGAUUGCCGGAGUGGUGCACUGCAUGACUGAGAUUUCUGGAGCUCCUCCAAGCCUCAUUCGCCUGAGGAAGCUCAAGUUUGCAGUUGUAGUGGAUGGAGAAUUUCUGUGGGUUCUGGGCUGUGCUGUUGAGCUCCCUGAUGUCAGCUGUAGGCGGUUUCUGGAGCAGCUGAUCAGCCUCUUCACCUUCUACAAUGGACCUGUGCACCGUGCGUACAUGGCGUUUUCUCGGGAGGAGCUGAGCGGGCAGUGGGACAGAUACAUUGAUCAUAUCCAAAAAAACACCAGUGACCUCCACAGGAUUUUCAAUUCUCUCUGGAAUCUGGACAAAACCAAGGUGGACCCCCUGCUUUUGCUGAAAGCAGCUCUCAUCUUGCAAACUUGCCAGCGCUCUCCCCACAUCUUGGCAGGCUGCAUUCUCUACAAAGGCUUGAUCGUGAGCACCCAGCUGCCUCCCCCUCUCACUGCCAAAGUUCUCCUCCAAGGCACUGAGUCUCCAGGCCAGAGUGAGCCUGGAGGUGAGGAGCGGCGGGAGCCUGAUUCUCUGUUGCCGCAGGGUGUCCGUAUCAUCCCCGUGUUCCUAACAGAGGAUGAAGUCUCGGUGCUCCGAGACUUCCCAGUGGAGUGGACGAUGAGGUCAUCCAUGUCCCCAGCAAGCCCUAGAGGAGAGAAGAACACUCUCUGCUCCCAGGGGGGUUCAGAAUCAACAGGAGACCUGGAUAAUCUCUCUGUGCAGGAGUCCCCUGAGCAAGCUUCAAGCACAGCUGCCCUAGAAGAUGCUGUGCCAUCAGGCAGCCUUGCCAACACGGGCCCUCUGAAGGGCUUCCCCCAAAUGGAAACUGGUACAGAGAAUUCUCCAGCUGCAGGACUGGGCAGCCCAGACAGCCAAAGCUCAGAGCUCGGUAGAAAAGCAUCCUCCCUAUCAGAGAGAGGCACAGAGCAGCCGCGCAGCCCUGCCACACUCCAGACUGCUGAAUAUGCUCAAACUCCAGGUCCCUAUCGGGAAGGCUUUUCCUUUCCAAACCCUCACACCCCGGAGCAGGAGAGUCAGGGCAUGGGGAAAUCCCUGGUGGCCUCUGAUCUUGAGCCACACAGUUCCCGAGGUUAUGCAGCUGGUGGCAGUCCAGCUCUUUGCUCUCCUGCCCAGGAGCUGAGCAGAGGGAAGGCGAGUGAACCUGAGGAGCGAGGAACCCUGAGCCAAAACCACGUCUCUGGAGAGAGCACCGGUGCAGCUGGUGGCAGCGUGGAGGGUUUGGACUGCCCAGGCCCUGCCCUGGGGUCCGAGCACCGAAGCGGGAGGCAGCCGGCAGCAGUGGCAGCUGGGGGGAGCCCCCCUGGUGACCCAGCAGAGAGCACGGGGUGUCCCGGGAGUGGGGACAGCCCAGGAGCUGGAACUGAUGUGGAGUCAGGGGAACGGUGCAGACCAGUGACGAUGAGCUUGUACGUUCACUGCGUGAAGGGCCUGGUGCUCUGCCUGCUGGCUGACCAUCGCCUCCAAGAGGAGCGGAGCUGCGUGGAGGACGUGUACCACAGCAGUCUGGCUUCUCUAAAUGGCCUCGAGGUUCAUCUGAGGGAGACUCUGCCCAGAGAAUCCUCAUCCUCAGCCAAGACAACCUACAGCUUCACCCACUACGACUGCGUUCAGAACGUGCUCACAGCCAACCUGCCCCAGACGCCCGGCCCUCUGGACCGACACUUCCUGAGGGCGGCUACGCUGAUCCACUCCGACUUCAGCCAGCUGCCGACUGCCUCGGAGGUGAUAAUCAGGAACGCCUCCACGGCCGUGUACGCCUGCAGGAACCCUGUCCAGGAAACCUACUUCCAGCAGCUGGGUGCUCCUCUCCGCAACUCGGGCGUCCCCAACCCUCAUGACAGCGCGUUCAGCUUGCCGAGCAAAGCCAAGCAAAAGCUGCUGAAGCACGGAGUGAACCUGCUCUGACCGAGGCGCUGAGGCAGCGUGUCCCAGCCCGUGCUGAGUUAGUCCAGCUCCAGUGAGUAAAAUCCCGAAGCUGUUUGUCCCGUAGGAGGCACAAGGCUCUGUGCCGUGUCGGUGGGGUCUCCCUCUGUGCCCUGAGGAAGAGGCACCCACUGCCCUGUCCCUGCAGCGCAUCUUGUGCUCCUCGUCGUGUCCCGGGGUGCCCGUGCAGGGUAUUGCUGACGUUAGCACUUACCAAAGACUGAAGAAGGACGGUAGCUGUGGUGGGACGCUGGGUUUACAUGGACUCUAGGACUGUUCGUGGUGCUCUGCCCCCACAGGCAGAGACGCCCAGAGUGCCUUGACCUGAAGUAAAAUCUCUCCUUGCUCCGAGCUGCGCGGACACCGGGCAGUACGGGCUUUGAGGUGUCAGUCAGGCCGCUCGCUGCCUACAUCCGCCCUGCUCAGACUUGGGCUUUAUUUAUAUCCCUUAAUCUAUAGCAGCGCUUCCCUGCCCUGACGUAACGCCUUACCUUGAUUAGCAGAGCCUGCAUGUUCUCAAACUGGAACAGAACAAGUGCUGCAGAGCUCAGAAUCCUCCUACAGGCGCUGCCAGGGGGUUUGAGCCUGUAGCUGAGGGAUCCUCGUCCCUCCACGCCCGCUCGGCGACUGCGGCCCAGCGCCGCCUCCCCCCUGCCCACCAGCGCCGCCGUAACCUGCCGGCCCCUCGGCACCGUGGUGGUAGGGAGGCACUACAUCUCCUGCCUGCUUCCUCCUCCUCCUCCUCCUGUUUCACCUCCUUGCUCUUGCUGCUCAAUUUGUCUACACUCUGUUGACAGCAAAGCCGAGGGGCAGCCCCUGAAGCUAACGGGACCAAAGAGGUUUGUAGCUCCUCGGCAGCUGUUGCCUUUCUGCUCGAUGGUGGGUCUGUGAUCUGUGAUUCUGUCCCCUCCCAGCGCCUGGUGGGGGGGUCGGUGGUGAUGGCUACUUAAACCUGAGCAGUGGCUACCUGCAUCUGCCUGGGCUGUGUGGGUUGGAGCCUGCUGCUGUUACGCGCACACGUGGCCACAACUGUGAAAAUAAAACUCUCCAAGACUCAUCCACACUCUGUGUCAGCAGCCGGAGUCCUACUCA